AUGACUUCGAGUCCAGCCGAAACCAGUCUUGGAAAGCGUGGCUGGAAAUUGCUCUACGCUCGACUUCGGGACCUAGUCCUUUAUCUUUAUAAGGAUGCGGCCACUGCUAGUGCCGCUGCCAGAGCCGAGGAACUGCACGCACUGCAUACAGCCCAUCUACAGCAAUAUGCAGCCCAGCAACUUGCUCUUCAGCGCCAGCAGCAAAUCCAUCAACUGCAAAUGAAACAGCAAGAUCGAGAGCAAAAUGAAUUGAAACAAGAAGUAUCUGAUGAAGGAAAUGAGGCACAUCAGGGGGAAUUCUCAUGCCCUUCAACUGAUUCUCUUCUAUCUUCGGAACCUGUUGUUCAGCCCGAUGGCCAGGAGUUGAGCGGCAGUAGCACUGAUUUCGACAAACCUGUAAUAGAGGCUUCUGCUAUUAUAGAAUCAAAGCUGCAACAGCCACAACCAUCUGCAAGUCCUACGGAU